AUGAGCGUUUUGGGAAAGGAUGAGGAGGCUUGGAUGGAGGAUGUGCUGAUGAAGAUGAAGCAGGAGGCGAGCAAAGGCGCAGCUUCGACCUCGACCUCGACCUCGACCUCGACGGGUCAGAGCGUGCAUGGUACCGCUGCUACUACCACCUCCGAUCAUCUCGACUCGUCGACGUCGACGUCGUCGUCCAGAGACGGUCCAGUAGCGAUGUCCAUGCCUGCUCUGCUCAUCAAUCCUCGACUGCGCAACCUCAAUCUUUCGGCCAGCGGCGCAGGUUUGACUAGCAGCAGCAGAUCGACGGGCGGCGCGGGCGCGAGCAUGGGCGCAGCACAAGGAAAGAGAAGCGUGGGCAAGCGAAAGACGAGGAGGGCGGAGAAUGCUCGUCUGGGCGGCAAUCCGCACAUCGCAGCGCCCCGUCCAUCAGACUAUAAUCUGCCUCAUCCCAAUCCCGUUCGUCCAUCCCACCAUCCUCUUCCCUCCUCUCUCAAUCCGCACACGAGCAAGACGUCAAAGUCGGCUACUGCGGCAUCAUCAUCAUCGUCAUCAUCACGACGCAGACCUGAUGGACCGCCUGACCUUGGUCCCGAUUCGAGGCAAAUCUCUCAAGCUUUGGAAGAUGCCAAAGCUGGUCAGUACACGCUUUCCAUCAGAGAGGCAAAGUAUUUCCUUCGAGAGAAAUUGGGCUUGGGUGCGCGCAUGACGCUUGUGGAGAGCGACAAUCGUCGAGACGAUGAGCGGCGGCAGCAGCAGCAGCAGCAGCAGCAGCAGCAGAUGGUGCCGACGGAGGACUCGUCGAGGAAUGUAGGACCAACGCAAGCGUUUGAUACGGUUGCGUCGGACUCGUCGAGGGAUGUAGGACCAGCGCAAGCGUUCGCUCUGGUGGCGUCGGAGCAUCUACAAGAAUGGUUGCAUCAAGAUGUGCACAUUUGUCGAAAAGAUGCGGCGCCCGCAUCUGCCAGGACGCUGAUCGGUGCUGCAGAGCAGAGCACAGCGGUGCGACGAGAGCAGUCGGGGCAAAAAUCGGAUUCGCCCUCGCCCGCGCCCGCGCCCGCAUUGCUGCUGGAAAAGUCGAGAGCGCCCCACGCCCUCGUCUGGAUCUGUCCCGAUCCCUUCCUCCGACUCGUCCUGCACUGCCUGGCUCGCGUGCAUGGAUGUCCCUCCUUCUCCAAGGAAGAGUGGAGCAGCAGCAGCAGCAGCAGCAGCCCAUCUGCGUUCAUGCCGCGUAGAGAGACUUGGAUUUUGCAUCCGCGCCCCGCAGCUCGUCCUAGAAGACAGUCUCGCUUCGGCAAUGCACCUGCGCUGCGUGGACUUGCUGCUGGGAGCGGCAGGGCGGCAGCAGCGGCGGCAGGGCUGGACACGCCUCCGACGACGGACAUGGGCACGGACAUGGACAGCGCGACGGAGGCGGAGACGGAGAGUUUGGCGGAGAGCGAGGUGGACGAGAUGGAGGAGGGGGAGGAAAAGAUGGUGGAGCGGCAGCAGCAGCACGUUGGGGCAGAGCAAGGAACGCGAGAUGCGGAUGAGACGCUGAUACCCUUGCAGGAGGAAGAGGAGGGGGACGAAGAGUGGGCGGCUGAUCUGGACGAGGGGGAGGAGGAGGAGGAGGGGGAGGAGGGCAAUCAUAGUCUGAGCGGCAGCGUGGCGAGUCUGGGAAUCGUAGAGUAG